AUGUUAUUGACAGGGCCGCCAACAGCAGUCCAAGCUGAUGUGUACAUAAUUUACAUAGGAGGCUUUCAAGAAAUUGAUAUGGUUUGCAUUGUUUACUCGCAUGAAUCUGUGUCAUUAAUUUGAAAUACUCUUUUAGUGUACACUGAGAUAUGUUUCCACAAUAGGUAACUAUUGACAGGUAGAUUAUGUUUUCUGAUAGUUCUCGUUUUCACUGGGAACUGAACUGAAAUUGACCGACACUGUUUACUUAACAGACUUUUACUCUGGAACUCUACUUUCGUCAGUACUGGCAUGAUGAUAGGUUAUCUCAUAAUUUGCCUAAGAGGCAGAUAACGUUACCUGGCGACACCGCUGACAGACUGUGGCAGCCUGACACAUAUUUUCAAAACACCAAAAAGGGAGAGCUGCACAAACUGACCGCCUUAAACAAAGUGAUGGUAAUUCAACAAGAUGGAAGUGUAUUUAUUAGCACAAGGUAACAAAACGCUUAUUUUGUCUUUAUGUCUUAUUGUGUAUUGCCACAUGCAUAACUGCAGGCUUUCAAAAUGAAGGGGACUAUUCAACUUCGUGACUAAAUUCAACAAUUUUCCUGUUCAUAUUCAAAAAAGUUUAAUAAACGAUGUUUUAAUCGGAGGGGGCUGUUACAAUUUUUUCUUCCCCAACACCACUAAAACAAAACACGGAAACAUGACCCUGGCGCGCCUGAAUGUUGACAGUUACUCUAACAAAGUUUCGCACAGUCAUCAUUUCCCAUUAAAACUGAGCUGAUAAUCUGAAACCGUGUGAAAUUUGUUCUAAUUUUUUUAGCGUCGUCAUGACUUUUGACUUGGGUUAUUUAUAAUAUUUAGAAUCACUCUGACGUGUGUUUGUGUCAUGGACUUUCGUAAGUUUCCCAUGGAUCGACAAGAGUGUGAAUUGAACUUCUCAAGUUGUAAGUACCGAAAAAAUAUACCUAUCGUUAAAAUGUAGUAGCUUAUUACCAGCGUUGAUGCCAGUUGAGGCUAAUGUGUGAGUUUUCAUAAAAGGCUAAAAAGACCUUAAUUUUUAGUUUUCUAGCUUUUUUUCUAAAUAAACGUUUAUAUAAAUAUUGUAAUAAAUGAAAUGAAAUGAAAUGAAGAGCCGUGGAUGAGAGGACGGACGUGCCCUGCCCUCUUAUAAUACAUUUGACCAUGUGCUGGGAACAGUAACCUCGGACAUCAGCAUACAAGGGGCCACUGGCAGCCGCUCUCAGUCCAUUUAUGAGCUUACUGUACUCAUCCUACCCAUGAUGGGAAUGAUGUGAAGUGUGAAGGUUGACCACAAUACUGGGGUCUACGUCCCCUACUCUUUUCGAACAAUGGUGUGGGUUCUUUUACGUCCCACAAGAACCAGAUAAGUGUAAGUGAUGUGAGACAGGACAUACGGUUUUUUGUCCUUAUCCGAGAAGACUAGAAAGUCUAACCGUUUGCAGAUUUCGUUACAAAGGCAGCACUUUCUUCUCAGUUAUUUAAAGACCCUGAGUGUGACCUCCCGCUCAGCAGACCGGCGCUCUCCCAACUGAGCCAACUAGGCGGAUGAAAUGUUUAUGAUCCGAGCUGGUAACCAAGUGUCGUCACAAGAACAAGUUCUUCGCAACCAAUCACAGAACGCGCUGCUCCAACCGUCCAUGAAUUUCAAAUUUCCAACUUAAAACGGAAAAUCUGUCUUCAGAAUUUUUAGUCUGAUGAUCGCUUAGUGCGUGAAACUCCGUGUUACAACUCCAUUAAAUGCUAUCCUUUUCAUUUGUAAAUGUUUAUUUAAAAGGUUUAUAUUCCUUUUUUUGGCAGCUGUUUAUCUUGACCUAGUGCCUGGAGUUUAUUAUAUUUCAAACAUUAUUUACAUCAUUCUAUUUUAGACCCCGUUUUUUACGGAGUUAUAACUUCGAACUUUAUUAUGUACUAGGCUUCAUUCUAAUACACUCCAACUGCGGAAUAAGCAUUCUAUUAUCUGUUAUAUAUAUAUAUAUAUAUAUAUACAUUUUAUUCACUGAAAAUGUUUCUUAAUUUUUUCAUACCAUUAAGUGUUUUCCAUUGACUCUUUUGCUUUGCAGACUCUUUUACUACUGAUGAUAUUGUUUACGAGUGGAAGGAGAGAAAUACAACAUCGCCAGAAAAUCUAGAGAUUGCUCAAUUUACACUUAAAUCAGUCAGCACUCAUCAGAAAGUCAGUAACUACGUAACUGGUACGCGACUGGUUGAUGUGCCCGGGCACUGGUGUCCGAGUACGGUACUCACUGGGUACUAAUGUGAACACAGCCUUUUUUCAAGUACCCACGCUAGAAUUCGCGCACGGCGCCGGUGCCCAAAGACAAGGUCUCGACCUUGUACUCUGCGGGCACAAUAUGAUCAAAGUACAAAAACAAGUUCCUUUCUUUUUAAUUUGCCGGUGUUUCUCAUUAAAUGCUUUCAUACUUUUAAAUGUUUGUUUCUGUUUUCCUAGGUAAUUUCUCUGUUCUUGGCCUGAGAUUUGUGUUCACUCGACGCAUUGGCCACUACCUGACAAGGGUUUACAUUCCAGCCAUUCUUAUCGUAUCUAUGUCUUGGCUUUCAUUCUUCAUUGAUCCGACGUCAGUUCCAGCUCGUGUUGCACUAAGUAUAAUGACUGUUCUCACAAUGACUACACUGUUAAUCGGUGUUGGUCAGGGAUCUUUACCCGUGGUAUCGUAUGUGAAGGCAGUAGACUGGUACCUGAUUUUCUGCUAUAUUUUUGUGUUCAGUGCAUUUGCAGAAUAUGCGAUUGUAAACAACAUACAAACAGGACACAAAUCUACAGAGCUUCGAAUGGUAAGAAUGAGUGUAUAUUCCGUGAGAAUAAACAUGUGA